ACAGCAAGAGCUUGUUUGAUCACGUGUGGAUAGCAUUUUGUGUUUCAAGUGGUUUAUCCGACAGCGAAUUGCUCCAAAUAUAUUUUGAAGGGGCAAACAUCGAUCUCAUCAGGGACAACGCGAUGAAGAAACGAACUGAAAUAAAACUUGAUUAAAAGCGUACUUCUUAUCACUGUUUUCUCGUGAUCCGUAUAACCCCAGAAUAAUAAUGCUGUAUCUUAGCACGACAGCGUAAAUUUAAUCUACGUGUUCAUCUAAAAAAAAGUAAUGUUCUUUUUAUUGAUAAAGAUGACACAACUUGUUGCUCACGGACGUUGUGUUUGCAACGCUGCAAUGAGUUAUGAGGUACGUCGUUAGUCGGGCUGUUCGAACGUUUUUCAACAAUGGUAUUAUAAGUGGCUUCAUGAUUUAAAUUCUUUCACUCAUUUUCAAUGGCAGCCUGAUCUUUGUUGACACAAUUCGAGCUCUCAAUGGACUUCAAAGCAAUGCUCAGUACCUGCUGAAAAACUUGAAUAAUCAUUCCUCUGGAAGUACGUCCCUGCGUUAUAUGAAAAAAUACCUCAUACGCUCCGGUUUGACCCUUCAAGAUGUGGACAAGCUUUCAAUAAUCCAUGUAGCUGGGACUAAGGGCAAAGGAUCAACCUGUGCAUUCACAGAGAAGAUCUUACGAGAUUAUGGAUUUCGCACAGGAUUUUAUAGCUCACCUCAUCUAGUUCAAGUAACCGAAAGAAUACGAAUCAAUGGUCAACCAAUAAAGGAAAGUUUGUUUUCGAAAUACUUUUGGCAGGUAUACAAUGUGUUGAAUAGCCAAAAAGAAGAUGAUUCUGAUAUGCCCACGUAUUUCAAAUUCAUCACUGUUGUGAUGUUCCACAUAUUUCUAAAUGCUGAUAUUGAUGUGGUUAUUCUAGAAGUUGGUAUAGGCGGUGAAUAUGACUGCACAAAUGUGAUCAGCAAUCCUGUUUGCGAAGGUAUCACUAGCUUGGGCUUAGACCAUACUGGGUUGUUGGGAAACACUUUGGAAGAAAUUGCUCGUCAGAAAUCCGGGAUAUUCAAGCCAAAUUCGAUCGCCUUCACUGUGCCACAGCCAGAAAAUGCCAUGCGUGUGCUCAGACAAACAGCGAUUGAAAGAAAUUGUAGAUUAUACGUAGUUCCUGCUUUUAAAUCCUAUGAUUGGAAAGGGAAUCCACCGGUUCUUGGAAUGGCGGUGCAUGCACAAGAGACUAACGCAUCAUUAGCUAUCCAAUUAGCACACACAUGGAUUUUGGAAAGAAGUAAAAAGACUUCAAAUGGCUCAAAUGAUGAAGCGAUUAACAUUUCGCACAAUAAAAAUCCUGAUUCAGUCUACAUAACGAAUAGAAAUAUCUUAAAUCUUAAUACUGAAAACCAUAUAAUUGACGGCAAUCCAGAAUCUCUUAAUCAUGCCUUUGCCACUAAUCCGAAUGAGGUACAGGGUAUACAGAAGUUUGAUAACUACAGCAAAAACGGUCAAUCGGUUGAAUAUAAGAUCCCGAUAGUUUCUCUAACAAGAACUGCUAAUGCUUUGUCAUCCUGCAAAUGGCCAGGUCGCACUCAAGUUUUAUGUGGAAGGACUAUGGAUUUUUACUUGGAUGGUGCACACACUACUGAAAGUAUCGAAAUCUGUACGAUGUGGUAUUUAAGUGAACAGAAAAAUAAGACUGGAAAUCGUUUCCUAAUUUUUAAUACAACCGGUAACCGUGACGUAAGUGAAUUAUUGAAACCACUGAAACGUUUACAGUUUAAAAAAGUUUAUUUUGUACCAAAUAUUGCUGAAAAUAGCCCAAAACUUGAUCAACUGGAGUUAAAUACCACAAGGCAUCAACAGCAAAGUGCGUGCUCAAUGAAUUGUGAACUCUGGGGAAAAGGAAAUGCAGUAGUGUUGAAAAAUGUUCAACAAGCUCUGACUGAUAUUGCUCAAGUAAGUGACAUAAAGUUCUGCUCCCAAACUGAGGAACACAAACCACAGGUACUAGUUACAGGAUCUUUGCAUUUGGUUGGUGCUGCGUUAGCACUCUUGGAUCCACAUUUAGCGAUGAAAACAAAUUAUUGAGAUUCUAGGAUAUCUCGAGAAAUGCAUUCAUCUUUUCCAAAAAUGGGCUAAAUAGUUUACGUUGGUAUUAUAAUAACCAUGAAUUUCACUCAUAGUCGUAACUUAACUUAAUGAUUCUACGUACAAUCGAACUCUUGGGAGAUGUGCAUGAGUAAGUUACUAUUACGGUUUAAUUAUAAAUUUGACGUUUAUCACAUAUAGUGUGCAAGAAUUAGCAAGCUUCUCUGUUUUAUUGAUCAAGGGGUUCUAGGCAUACAUCUAACAAGCAUUUUAUAUUCAAUGGUAUAUAUCAGCGCGAAUUCUUGUACAUAUCACAAAAGGUCAGAGAAAAAUCAUGCGUUAUUGUUGAUAAAUCUUGAGAUUUUUAAACAAAAAUUUGGGUUUGAAAACGCAUAACAAGUAUAUCAAUGAGCUAUACAGACCAGCUGUGCACAAGUUACUUGUAUACUUCUGGCAGGAUCCGAAUGUCCAGAGGUACUUUGUGUGUAAUGGUUUGGUUGUAAUUGGUACCAGAUCAUGUGAAUAAAAAGAAAAUAAACGCCCUAAACAAA